AUGAGCGGCACACAGCCCAACACCUACGAUGGCUGGUCGCUGUCGGAGCUCAAGACCGAGUGCAAAGAGAGGCGUUACAAGAAUUACUUGAACCUCAACAAGGCUGAGCUGGGCAUCUUCCUCGUCAACAAGGACGCCGAAGUGGCGCGCAAUAAGGCCUUCUGGAAAUCUCUUCCAACCGCCCCCGCCGGUUCCUCAUCACGCCCCAUCGUGGUUGACGACGGCAGCAGUGUGGAGGAAGACGUCCCCAUCAAACGACCCCGCAGCGAGUCUAACGCGACCACUAACGACCACGGCCCCAGCACCAGGCCCCGCACGGACGUCGCGCCGCCCCAGUUCCGGGCUGACCACGACCGUUCGACCGCCGCCGAGAACCCCAACCAGCAGGACGACGACAUGGUCAUUGACAAGGACAUCGAGGUCAUGCCUCACGAGGCUAUCACAGGCGAUGGCGAGGACAUUAUCAUGGACGGCUUGGCGGCGACCUCCGUUCCCCAGCCGGUGCAGGGCCAUGGCGCUCUCUCUGCCGGCGGCGAGCAUGGAGAUGGCGAAGAAGAAGACAAGGACGAGCAGCCGCGUGGCCCCCGCUCCCAGAAGGCCUCGAGGGUUUGCUUCUCAAGUGACGACGACGACGAGGACCAGCAGUUGCCAUUGCCUCCAACAGCUACGGAGAAGGCCCCUGCGGCCCAGACCAAGCCUGAGGCCACCGAGGACGCCAGUGUUGCCGACCCCGAGCCUGCCGCUGACGCGGAUGGUCUUUCCCGCGACGUCCUGAGGGACGGCGGCGUGAUCCCACUGUCACUCGUGGACGUCUGUCACCUAGGCGUUCACAUCCGCGGUCUGUUUGUCCACAAGUUCGUCAAGACCCGCCUCCACAAAACUGGCGAUUUGAUCACGAUCAGCUUGGCCCCAGGAGCCCCAAAGACCUUCCUCGAAAAGGAUGGCGAUGUCCACCAGCUGCUCGCGGGCAUCUCGUCCAACGGUAGUCACGACCUCGUCGACCUGUUCCGCCCGACCGUGCGCGUGCGCCGCAACUCUCGUGGCACGGACGUUCUGUCGCUCGCGUCCCUCGUCGGCGUCAUGGCGCUCGCCGAGGCCUUCAAGGAGGAGAUGGCCAAGGCCACCUCGGAGGGCCGUAACCCUCGCGCCAGGUGGGCCCUCCUCAGGGGCACGUCUAGCAUCGACCUGGGAAGCAGUGUGUUUGAGCUUCCGGCGAGCAUGAAGCCGGCAGCCCUCCACGCCGCCACUGAGGCGUUCGUCCAGUUGGACAAGAAGGAUCGUUUCUCCGAUGACAAGGACCACAUCCUCCAGCUCCUCAACGGCUUCUCGGUAGCGACUGGCGCCGGCGGUCCACCUCUGGAGGUCUUCUUCGACUUGCCGCCUUCUUGGGUACAGCUGCAAACCUUUGACCCCAUCAAGGAGAUCAAGCGCAUGGCGACGACUCUUCACCCGACCAUGCCCAGGUACGGAAAGAUUCGUCCCGUGACUGGCCACUACGACUAUUCGCAAGUGGUCAGUGGCGGCCAGUUCCAGGGGUCAUACGAGAAGCAGCUUCCCGAGGUGGUGAAGAAGAAAUGGUAG